AGCAGCACGGAUGGAUUUGGAUGAGAGGCCUGGUUUAAUGCACUUGCAUAGCUAGAAUAGGCCCAUGUGGUAUGUACCAUAACCGGGCGACAUUAUCUUACACCUACCACGUUUGAUAAAGGAAUAGUCAUAUAUGCAGAAUAUAACCUGUUAUGAUAGUUUGUGGAGGCUAUUGAAAUUCCGAAGAUGCUGAAAGAAGCAUUGGACGGCCAAGUAACAGUCGUUUGCAAUGCCAUCGUUGCGUCUGUUCAGAUCCAGGUGGAGCCAGUGGGCCGCUGGUUCGAGGCCUUCCUGAAGAGGAGGAACCGUGAUGUGUCCACGUCGUUCCAGGAGCUGGAGGAGGAGGAGGAGCUGUCCGAGGAGUCGGAGGAUGAGGAGCUGCAGCUGGAGGAGUACCCUCUGCUCAAGACCCUCGACCCCAAAGACUGGAAGAAUCAGGAUCACUACGCUGUUUUAGGAUUGGCCCACUUGAGGUACAAAGCCACACAGAAGCAAAUCAAAGCUGCUCAUAAAGCGAUGGUCUUGAAGCAUCACCCUGACAAGCGGAAAGCUGCCGGAGAACAGAUUGUAGAAGGAGACAACGACUACUUUACCUGUAUCACUAAAGAGAAGUGUUUUGUGUUGAGAGAGUUCUCCUACCUGGAUGAAGAGGAGAAAGAGAAGGCCGAAUGUCGUGAUGAGAGGAGGUGGAUUGAGAAGCAGAAUCGAGCUUCUCGAGCUCAGAGGAAGAAGGAGGAGAUGAACCGCAUUCGGACGCUAGUGGAUACGGCGUACAGCUGUGACCCCCGGAUAAAGAAGUUUAAGGACGAUGAGAAGGCCAGGAAGGAGUCAGAGAAGAAGGCCAAAGCUGAGGCCAAGAAGAGAGAACAGGAGGAGAGAGAUAGGGCUCGGCAGGCGGAGCUGGAGGCGGCGAGGCUGGCGAAGGAGAAGGAGGAAGAGGAGGCUAAGCAGGCCGCCCUGCUGGCCAAGAAGGAGAAGGACGUACAGAAGAAGGCCAUCAAGAAGGAGCGGCAGAAACUCAGGACCACAUGCAAGAACUGUAACUACUUUGCUGACAAUGAGGCUGAGAGUGUGAAGAUGAUGGAGGAGGUGGAGAAGCUGUGUGACCGCCUGGAGCUCGCCAGUCUGCAGUCCCUGAAUGAGGUGCUGGCGGCUGGGAAGAAAGAGGAGAGCAAAGCUGCACUGGAGAAACAGGUGCAGGAGGUCAACUCUCGUAUCCAGCGGGAGCGCAAGGCCGAGGUGUCUAACUGUGAAACAGGCCACUGGGGAGCCGACGGCGGCUGGAAUGAGGAGGACCUGCAGCUGCUCAUCAAAGCUGUCAACCUGUUCCCCGCCGGAACCAACGCCAGAUGGGAGGUCAUAGCCAACUACAUGAACCUACACUCCAGCAGUGGCCAGAAGCGGACUGCCAAAGAUGUCAUCAACAAAGCCAAGAACCUGCAGAAGCUGGACCCGCACCAGAAGGAGGAGAUCAAUAAGAAGGCCUUCGAGAAGUUCAGGAAAGAACACGCGGCCGUAGCCCCAACAGUGGACAACGCAGUGCCCUCUGAGAGAUUCGACACCCCAGACUCCAGUGGGACUCCCUGGACCACGGAGGAGCAGAAGCUUCUGGAACAGGCUCUGAAGACCUUCCCCGUCAGCACGCCCGAGCGCUGGGAGAAGAUCGCCGCCCUUAUCUCAGUCGCCAACAAGAAGGACUGCAUGAGGAGAUACAAGGAGCUGGUGGAGAUGGUGAAGGCUAAGAAGGCCGCCCAGGAGCAGGCGUCUGGAAAGACUAAAAAAUGAAACGCACACGAGGAUGGGGGGGGGGAGGGAGAAGAGAACACACACACACACACCUGCAGUGCAACACAUCACACACACCCAGCCUCUGUUCUUUUAACAUUAUUGUGUUGGUCUUUAUUUUAUAAUAAAAUUUAAAGGAAAUCUA